AUGGCAGCAAUUACGCCAGCGAAAGUAAGCUUAAGAAAGUGGCACAAAGAGAGCACAAGAGUUUGGAAAGGUACAUCAAAAGAAGAUGGACUAGUUGAUAUAAAGAUAACUGAAGGAGGUUUACAAAAAGAAGGAAGAAUAGAGCCCAAUCUUGAAAUAUGCCAGCUUAUGCUAAGGAACAAUGCGAAAGUUAUGGUGUCUGAAACAGCAAGUGCAGUUCUCCAACAACAGUUACCUCCUAAGAUAAAAGACCCUGGGAGCUUUACCGUUGAUAUUACAAUGGGGGACAAAAAGGUUGCUAAAGCCAUGUUGGAUUUGGGAGCAAGCAUCAACUUAAUGCCAUAUUCAACAUAUGCACAAGUUGGCUUAGGAGAAUUGAAGCCAACCACCAUGUCUCUACAACUGGCUGAUAGGUCAAUUAAGUAUCCAAGAGACAUAGUGGAAGACUUGCUGAUUCAAGUAGGAAAACUGAUAAUCACUGCUGACUUUGUGGUUCUAGACAUGGAAGGUACAUCAGCAAGGGAUAAGGAGCAAACAAUACUCCUUGAUAGACCUUUCAUGGCAACUACCAAGACAGUUAUUGACGUGCACAAUGGGAAGCUUACUAUGACAAUCUUGGGAGAGACUUUAGAAUUUAAAGUGUUUGAUUCUCUAACUAUAUCUCCUAGCACUUUAAUUGAUGAAUGUUCAUAUGUUGAUUGCAUGGAUUAUUUUGUUUAUGAAACAUAUUUACAGAAUAAGGACGAUAAGUUAGAAGUUGCAUUAACAUUAGAAAAGCAUGAAGAAUGUUUAGAUGAAGAAGUCUUAGACUUACAUGAUAAGUUAGAUGAAGCUAUUCCAGUGUUACCUGAUGAAAGCAUUAUUGAACCUUUAGAUUCAUCCAUUGAAAGCAAAUCCAAAAUUAUUAAUGAACCACCUAAGUUUGAGCUUAAUUAG